AUGGAAGAUCAGAGCAGCAGCAGGAAGCGGCUCAGGGACGACAGGCAGGACGAGCUGCUGGAGUUGGCCGAGGUGAAGAGGCUCAGGGACGACCUCCUCGGCUUCCUCGACGACUCCGACCCCGUCCCGGGUGCCCCGGACCUGGACUCCCUCAUGCGGAGCUUCCAGGACGAGAUCGCCGCCGCGUCGUCGUCGGCGCCGGCGGCGGCGGAGGUGGUGGAGGUGGUCGACCUCACGGUGGAGUCCUCCUCCGGCGGCGACUCGAGGUCGGAGCUCGGGUACCUCCUGGGGGCCUCGGACGACGAGCUCGGCCUUCCGCCCUCGACCACCCCUUCCAGCGGCGAGGAGGCGGCGGCCGCGGUGGCGGCGAGCUGGUGCGAGGCCGAGCUGGUCCGGGCCGCGUCCGAGGCGUCCGGGAUCGGCGAAUUCUGGGAGUUCGAGGACGGGAUCCCGAGCUACCCCGACCCGUACCAUUUCGGAGCUGCCGCCGGAGGAGGAGGGGCGUACGGCGGAGGGGAUGACGAUGAUGGACAGUACGUGGCGUUCGACAGGCUGUUCGACUACUCCGACGAGGGCUUCGAUGCGUCCGAUCAGUCGGGCUUCCUGUGGCGGCGGGGGGAGACCAUGCCGGCGCUAUAG